CUCGGUAGAAAUAAACAUGCAUAGAUUAUAAUGAUGAGUUAUUUUUAUGGGCUCUAUAAAUAUUCUUCCAACAAAUAUUAGUUCCAUUCUUGAAACUACCACUCUUAAUUCCUGUCUCUCUCACCAUAUUUAUAAACUAUAACAUCAAAAUUAAGUCCUCUCUCUAAUGAAGAUUUCUAGUGUUUUGAUCAAUCUUUUAGUUCUUAUAGCUAUAUUACCCGCACAUGCCAAUAUUGAAGGGGAUGCACUAUAUGCAUUAAGGAGAGCAGUAAAGGAUCCGGGACUUGUUUUGCAGAGCUGGGAUCCGACUUUGGUGGAUCCUUGUACUUGGUUUCAUGUCACUUGUGAUGCUGAUAAUCGGGUCACCCGCCUGGACCUCGGAAAUGCAAAGCUAUCCGGCAGGCUAGUACCUGAACUAGGGAAGCUUCAGCGUCUUCAGUACCUGGAACUGUACAUAAAUGAAUUGGAGGGUCCAAUACCAAAGGAACUUGGGAACUUGAAGAGUCUAGUGAGCUUAGAUCUCUACCACAACAACCUAACUGGCUCCAUUCCUGCGUCGCUAUCGAACCUCUCCAACCUCAAGUUCCUGAGACUGAAUGGUAACAAAUUGACCGGUCGCAUACCAAGAGAACUCACUAAAUUAACUAACCUCAAGAUCAUUGAUGUCUCAAAUAACGAUUUGUGUGGCACAAUUCCUACCUCUGCUUCAUUCUCUAAGUUCUCUGAAGAAAGUUUCGUGAAUAAUUCGAGACUACAAGGACCGGAACUACUGGGAUUUGUGAGAUAUGAUGCGGGAGGAAGCUGUUAACUAUGACUCUUCAUAUCGAGAAGGCUACAUCAUCUUUACGCAUAAAAAUCCAGUUUAUGUUUAGAGAAGAAUCUUUAAUGUUCUUUCAAGCACAAACUCACAACUUGUAGAGGUAGAGCAUAUAUGUGCUCCUCAACCAUCUUUUGGCUUUCAACAGGCCAACUAUUAUACUAUACAUAGAAUUAAAUCAAUUAAUGGAAUUAUGCUGUCAGUUACGUGUUUA